AUGCAAAGUUAUCAACGAACUUUCGAAGAACACGAUCACUAUAAGAACGAUGAUACAAUCGUCGUGGAUUUAGUUCCUCCGCAAUACCAACUAUCUCCACCACACAGCCCGAUGACUUCUGAGCAAAAAUCUCCGGAGAAAGAUUCUCCAUCGAAACAACAGUCAGCGAUGGGAAACAUGGACCCAAAUAUGCGUCGCUAUCGAACAGCAUUCACCCGAGAACAGCUUUCUCGUUUAGAAAAGGAAUUCCUAAGGGAAAAUUACGUCAGCAGGCCACGUAGAUGCGAACUUGCCACACAAUUGAAUUUACCAGAAGGAACCAUAAAGGUCUGGUUUCAAAACCGUCGAAUGAAAGAUAAACGCCAAAGAUUAGCUUUAGCUUGGCCUUACGCUAUGUACACCGACCCGAAUUUUGCUGCAUCAAUAUUCGCAGCAGUUAAUGGGAUUCCACAACCUCCGCAACCACCUUAUCACCUUCCUGGAGGAUUUCCUGGAGCUUAUCCAGUUAGUGCUUACGCAGCUUACGCUAGUGCUGCUAGAUAUAAUCCUUAUGCCGUUGGUAGUCCUCCUGGUGCAAACGGACUUCGACCGCAUCCUCAGUCACCUGGGUACCCAGCCCAACCUCAUCUUCUCCAGCCACACGGACUCUCUCCCCUGCAUCUACCUGGAAUUGUUGGAGUUCCUGGUGUUGGUUCUCCCAACUUUGGUACGCCCACGACUCAGCACCAGAUACCCACGCCUCCAGGGUACAGGCCUGCGCACAUCGCGGAGCUUAGUCCUGCUAAUUCUGAUACUUCAAGCGACUGCGAUUGCGCUGGAUCUGUUCAUCAUCAUCAUGGAAGUACUAACAUUAAUAUUAAUAACAAUUCUAAUGGACGUGAUGAAUCACCCCCGUUGAAAUUGUCCGGUGGUUUAACUUUGAAUGCUUUUCCGUCCCAAAUUCAAUCGAUACAAAGUGCUUUCGAAAACAAAAACGUAUUUCUUGGAUCUCAUAAUAUUUCUCCGAGUCCCACUUCUACUAAACUCGAACAACCUAAACUGUUUCAACCAUACAAAACUGAUGUUUCGGAAAAAGCGUGA